CCUGCGGCGGCGGAGCAGGAGGUGCCGGUCGAGCGGCCCCUCUUCAGCGCUGGCACCUACGAGCUGUUGGCACUGCUGGUCGCCACUAUCGGCAUGCUGGGCUUGUGCAACAACUUGCUGGUGCUGGUGCUCUACUACAAGUUCAAGCGGCUCCGCACUCCCACCAACCUCUUCCUCGUCAACAUCAGCCUCAGCGACCUGCUGGUGUCCGUCUUCGGCGUCAGCCUUACCUUCACGUCCUGCCUUCGGAGCCGCUGGGUGUGGGACGCCGCCGGCUGGGGCUGGGGUGGAUAUAAUGGUUAUUCUCUCUUUGGAAUUGUUUCCAUUAUGACUCUCACUGUUCUCACCUAUGAACGCUACAUUCGAGUAGUCCACGGAAAAGUGAUUGACUUCUCCUGGUCAUGGCGGGCUAUUGCGUACAUCUGGCUCUACUCAUUAGCCUGGACUGGAGCACCUCUUUUGGGCUGGAACAGAUACACACUGGAAAUUCAUGGAUUAGGUUGCUCAGUGGACUGGAAGUCAAAAGACCCCAGUGAUACCUCCUUUGUGCUCCUUUUUUUCCUUGGCUGUCUAGUAGCACCUGUUGGGAUCAUGGCCUAUUGCUAUGGCCAUAUUCUAUAUGCAGUAAGAAUGCUUCGCUGUGUGGAAGACUUCCAGACUGUUCAAGUGAUCAAUCUUCUAAAAUAUGAAAAGAAGGUGGCAAAAAUGUGUUUCUUGAUGAUCUCCACAUUCCUAAUUUGUUGGAUCCCCUAUGCAGUGGUCUCCCUCCUGGUAACAAAUGGCUACAGCAAGCUUGUAACUCCAACAGUAGCUAUCAUUCCAUCCUUCUUUGCCAAGUCAAGCACUGCUUAUAAUCCAGUCAUCUACAUCUUCAUGAGUAGAAAGUUUCGACAAUGCCUUAUGCAACUCCUGUGCUUUCGCUUGAUGAGAUUCCAGAGGACCGUGAAAGAGACACCUGCAACAGGGAAUGACAAACCACUAAGACCAAUAGUUAUGUCUCAGAAAGCAGGAGACAGGCCAAAGAAGAAAGUGACCUUCAGCUCUUCCUCUAUCAUUUUUAUUAUCACCAAUGAGGACACUCAGCAAAUAGAUGACAACAGUAAACAUGAGACAAAGGUAAAUGUCAUCCAAGUAAAGCCACUAUAG